CGUACUAAAAAUCUUCAUGAAUUUCAAGGCAAGGAUCUCUUAUACUGUCUUUUUCUUUAUUUUCUCAGAGUGUUUGAGAAGAUAAUGUUUGUCAGCAGAGAUUAAGAUACUGUAAUGGGGAGUGUGUGUUGUCAUUAUGAACAACAUGUAGUAAGUGGAAUAUCUCUUGUGCUUCAGUCCGUACCUCACACACGGUAUCCAACAGAUCAACCUGGGUGGUCCACAAGGAAUUUUCUCAAAAUACCGACACAAGAUUACUGAUGUACCUUCACGAGUUCAAACUGAAGUUGAACAUCUAAGGUGAAGACAGCAAGAUGAAUGAUAAUCGACUUUCACAAUGAGCUGAAAUAGGAAUGGCACGAAGGAAAACCAAAUUAAUGUUUUGAAGUUACCAUCUUCAUGAUGGAAGGAUUACACAUUCCAUAUCCAGGAAAAUUUCAUAAUGUAAAUCCAGCAGGUACAGUGGUGGGUCAGCAGACCCUUCUUCAUCCUGGUGCUCCUUUUUAUGGCAAUUUUCAUAUCCAGAAAAAUUCUGUGUUGGGAAACUUCCAUGCCCAGAAGAGUGUAGGGUUAGGAACAUUUCAUGCCCAGAAAACUAUAGAUUCUGUAAAUUUUCAUGCCCAGAAAAGUGCAGAAUCCGCUGUAGCCUUUCUUGCCCAAAAAAGUGUGGAUUCAGCAAACUUCCAUUUCCAGAAAAAUGCAGAGUCUUCAAUCUUUCAUGCACAGAAGAGUACUGAUACUGCAGAUUUUCACACCCCAAAAAGUGCAGAGUCUACAAGCUUUGUUACCCAGAAAAGUGUUGGUACAGAGACAAGAAACUUUCAAGAUCAAAAUAAUUUAGAAGCUAACAAAGACUCUAUUAACAUAAACGAUGAGAAGCCAUAUGACUGUGACAGGUGUAGUAAGAGUUUUGCACAGAAAAGUCAUCUUACAAGUCAUAUGCUCUGGCACAGUAAGGAGAAAAACUUUGAGUGUGUAAUAUGUGGCAAACGCUUUACUAUGGAAAGCCAUCUCAAUGGCCAUAUGCAUGAGCACAACAGGGAGAAAAAGUUUGAGUGUCAGGUUUGUGGUAAGAGAUUUGCUAUGGAAAAUUAUCUGAAUAGUCAUAUGCUUGUGCACAUUACUGAAAAAAAAUUUGAAUGUAAGAUUUGUGACAAGAGGUUUUCUAUGGAAAAUCACCUCAACAGUCAUAUGCUUGUACACAACCAAGAGAAGAAGUACGAGUGCGGAAAGUGUCGGAAAAGGUACAGUCAGAAAAGUCAUUUAAACAGCCACAUGCUGAAACACAGUACGGAUAAGAAGUUUGAAUGCACCUUGUGCAGCAAAAAGUUUAAUAUGGAAAAUCACCUAAAUAGCCAUAUGCUAGUGCACAGUGAAGAGAAGAGGUACGAGUGUGUCUUGUGUGGGAAACGCUUCCACAUGGAAAAUCAUCUCAAUAGCCACAUGUUGGUUCACAGUGAUGAGAAAAAAUAUGAAUGUAGUCUUUGUGAUAAGCGAUUCAAUAUGGAAAGUCAUUUGAACAGUCACAUGCUAGUACAUAACAGUGAGAAGAAGUUUGAGUGUUUGCUGUGUGGUAAGCGGUUCAGCAUGGAAAGUCAUCUUAACAGCCACAUGCUUGUGCAUAAUGAGAGGAAGUAUGAGUGUACGCUAUGUGGCAAACGGUUUUACAUGGAAAUGCAUCUGAACAGCCAUAUGGUAAUGCACAAUGGUGAGAAGAACUUUGAGUGUGAAAUAUGUGGAAAACAAUUCUUAAUGGAAAGCCAUCUUAAUAGUCACAUGUUGGUGCAUAGUGAGGAGAGAAAAUAUGAAUGUUUGUUAUGUGGCAAACGAUUCAACAUGGAAAGUCAUCUCAAUAGCCACAUGCUUGUGCACAAUGAGAAGAAGUUUGAGUGUGUUUUGUGUGGCAAACGAUUUAAUAUGAUUAGUCAUUUGAAUAGCCAUAUGCUUGUGCACAGUGAGAAGAAGUUUGAGUGUGACAUAUGUGGCAAGCGAUUUAAGCAAAGUAGUCAUCUUAACAGCCACAGGUUUGUACAUACCCAAACAAAAAAUUUUGAAUGUGAGGUGUGUAGGAAAAGGUUUGCCCAGGAGAGUCAUCUUAGCAGCCACAGGUUUGUGCAUAGUGAAGAAAAGAAAUUUGAAUGUGAACUCUGUGGGAAGCGAUUUAUGCAAGAAAUUCAUCUCAACAGCCACAGGUUUAUGCACAAUGAAGAAAUAAAACUUGAAUGUCAAGAAUGGGGAAAGCGAUUCACUCAGAAAAGUAUCAAUGGUCAGGUAUUAGUACACACAGAUGAAAAGAGGUUUGAGUGUGAAGAUUGUGGCAAGAAAUUUGCACAGAAGAGCCACUUAAAUAGUCAUAGAUUUGUACACAGUGAAGAGAAGAGGUUUGCAUGUGAUGUAUGUGGGAAACGUUUCUCACAUGAAAGUUACCUCAGUAGCCACAGGUAUGUUCACAGUGAAGAGAAAAAGUUUGAAUGUGAAGUUUGUCAUAAACGCUUCACACAUGAGAGCCAUCUGAACAGCCACAGGUUUGUACACACUGAGAGGAGAACCCUUGAACAUGUAGAAUAUCCAAAACAGGUAGUACAGCCUCAGACUGAGCAACUGACUAAUAGCGUACAAGUCCAGACUGAUAAAAAACCAUUUGAGUAUGAAGAAAAUGGGAAACUGUUAAUACAACAAACCUAUCAACCACCUUAUGCUUAUGCCCAGUGGGAGCAUGUCCGGACAUUGUGGUCAUUGUAGCCAAAUUUAAGUUGAAAAUCUUGAAAGCAUAUAACUGCUACAGUACAUGUAAAUACUGUACUGUAACACAGUGAGACGCAAGUUUUGCCAUUACUGAUCAGACUCAGAAUUCAGAACAAUUGAAGGAUGAUUCUCAUUACCUGUGUAAAUUUUAUGGGAUGUGACAGCCACUUUAAGGAAACACUGCAAUGUUUUGUUUUUAGAUAAAGUUGGAUGUGUUUAUACAGAACAACAUAUUGCUGCAUCAAGGAAAGAAAAUGAGCAAUAUACUAUAUGUGUCAUUAGUUACAGAAGUUGACUUAAUUCUGAUUAUGCACAUUAAACUCAUCUCCGUGGACUUUGUUGGUAAGAUGUGUUGUAACUAAAUGAUCAAGAUGUGACAUGGAAAAUAUAUUUUGCAAGGAAAAUUUAUUCAGUGUUCCAUGGAGUAGGUGAACAAUGUCCUGGAUAAGAUAUUUGGUAUUGUAGCAAUUUAGAAUGAAAGUGAGUAACCUUAAGUGUACCAUAUCAAGUAAGUGCAAGGACUGAACAUGCCUUCAGAGUGAGUCCUCCUGGGCCAUGGUGUCUCCAUAGAUAAAUGAACUUAAGAUAUAAUAUUUAUAGAGAAAAGAUGUUUGUCUGUGAUUCUAUAAUCUAUAUAUGGUAGACCGUAAUGUGUGCAACUUGACUAUGCUAUUUAAGAAAUGAAAAUCCUUCAUGUGGAAGGAAAUUAUUCAAAGUCUGUUUGAUUGACUUUAUAUAUUACACUAUAUGCCUUGGCUUAUCAAUCAGAAUUAAAAUUUAUUCUGAUGGUAGGAUUUUGCUGACUUUAUUACUUAACUUGAUCCCCCCAAAAAAAUUACAUAAAAGGCAGUCUAAUGCAGUACAUUAUAUUUAAAUUAGCCAACUUUUUUAGAGUUAUGAUUUAACUAAAUACUGUACUUUCUUUGUUAUAAAAGAAAGCAGGAUGAACAGUAAACUUUGGGCCUCCUAGGUAUGCCAUCUGCUGUUGUUCUGGAUAAAGACAGUUUUAUUGAGACAAAGGAGUUCACUUUUAAAGGUGAGUUACUUUUUGAGCAGCUAGAUCAUAUUUUCAAUAUGCAAAUAGAAAAGUAACUGCUUUUUAAGAGUCUUCUGUGAUUUUUAAGUAAAUUAAAGAGUUGUUGACUCUGUGCACCUAAGUAAGGUUCUGACUAUGGUAUAAGCUAAUUCCUACAUCAAUCUGUAAUAGUUUUCACUCUUAGGGUUUUAUGUAAUCACGUACUGUAGUAUAUGUGUGAGUAUAUAAGAAGCAUAAAUGAGGUACCAAUAGGCUAAGUGAGAAUACUGUACUGUACUUCAGAGUAAAAAGUCAUUGUGUCUUUGGAUCAAACUGUUCAGUAGAACUAUUUUACUUAUAUUUAAAAGUAAAUUAUAAUAUACAUAAAAAGACAUUUUAGAAAUCUGUUGGGACCUCAGUUUUGCUAACAUGUAUUAAUUUAGUGUCUAUUUACUUAAAUGUGAGGAAGUAAGGGUUUAGUCUUAUUUGGGAAGUUAUGGACUGAUAGCUGGUAGUGUACAAAUAUAAAAUAUUCACAUACAUAUAUGUACUCAUUGCUAAGGGACAUUCAAGCAUUACAUCUGGGAUGGGUCUAAAUUGCAUUAUACAAAUACUAUAUUAAAAACUUAUCUCUGCUAUAAUUGUGUGAAAUUGUUUUAUUAUAAGUCAACUAGGGAAGGGUUCCUUUUAUCAAAGUACUUAAUAAUUGUGAUGAUGAUAUCGAUAGUAUUUUCAGUUAUUUAGUGUAAAUGGGAUGGAACAAGAACCAUCCAAUUCUAAGCAGUGUAAUACUUGGACUUUCCUGAAUAUAAAUAUUACUAUUCCAGUUCAAGUUACAUUAGGCAGAAAAUUGAAAAAAAAAUGGCAUAGUUCCGGUAACAUGUGUAGCACAGUUCUAAGAUUUGGUGAUGUGUUCUGUAUCAUUUCUUUUGCUCCAAAACCAUAAAUAUAAACUUCAUUAACAUCAGUAUUUUGAUAAAUUAGUUGUCAGUUUUUGUGUUAUGAGUUAGCUGUGCUUAUAAUGAAACAAAAUUACUAACACUACAGUACGUAUUCAGAAAUUAUCAGUUUCGCAGACAAACUUGUGUUUCCGGAACUGUGCUUCUGUUAUCUUUUAGGCAGGGGGCCUUAUAACUCCUGUAUAUUUACUUUUUGUUUAAUAAAAUUUUUAUAUUAUAUAAAGAA